CUCCUUUCCUCUUGCUUCCAUGUGAGUGAGGUGUGCAUUAAAGUUAAUUUUCAUUCUUUAACAAAGUACAUUUUAAAGUCCCAAUAAUUUCAGCCAUGAACUUUUGAGUUUUAAAAUGCCAAUGCGGAAAUUCAUUAACAUACGUUCAUAAGGGUGGUCCUAAUUUUGAACUUUUCUGAAUUUCAUUGGGACAAACGUGUCCGAUAAUUUUUAAUUUACACAAUGUAGAAAAUAGUCUUGAGGAACAUGGAGAAAGCCCCUUUAAACCGCUAUAAAAUACCUACUCUAUAAUGUGCGUUUUCAAAUUUUAAUUUAAUCAAAAGCCAAACGUAAUGUCUAUUCAUAGAUACCAAAUUGUGAAAAAAUCGAAAAUCAACCGCAAAUCGCUCUCUUUCCUGACUUUGAGGAGCCAGAAUGUACUUUCCUGAACCCGAACACCAGAAAGAAAAUUGCCAACAUCAAUAGGACAUAAACCUUACUUGUGUGUCAAAUCUCGAAUGUUUCAGUAACUUACUUUAAGCCCAAGUUUCAACUUCAUAAGUGUCAAGAUGGGCUAAAAAUAAUUCCUUUCUCCACCUCAAUGCAGUGAUCAGUGGUAGUUUUCAACAGUAUCGAUACUCAACGUAAAUAUACUGACAAUGCAUAUUGCAAAUCAGCAACUUUUGCGGACGGCGCUUCUUGGAUUGGGAUUUUUCUUUCUUUUUGCUGGGUAUAACUCCCUCACUAAUAUGGAGAAAACUUUCCUACUGAGCCUACAAAAGGACGUUCCAUCUUUUCAUGGGGAUGGCUACAUUGCUCAAAGUAUCGUUUAUGCUGUAUUUGCCAUAACAUUGUGGUUGGCUCCUUCAGUUAUAAGUAUCACCGGACCAAGAUUAGCCAUGUUCUUCAGUGCAAUUGGUUAUGAGGUAUUUAUUCUGUCUCUGUUCAUACCAUUGACAUGGGUUACAUAUCUUAGUUCCAUUAUGGCCGGUUGCAUGGCUGCAAUUUUGUGGACUGGUCAUGUCAAUUACUUAGUGUUGAAUUCAGAACCAUACAUGAUUGCCAAGUGUUCAGGCCUAUUCUCUGCAAUUUUUCAACUAAGUAUGUUUCCCGGUAAUUUAUUUGUGUACUUUAAAUUUCACAACAUAAAGUACAUUGAUGUUGAAACCAGGAAGUCAAUUCUGAUUGUUUUAGCUGGGAUUAUCUCAAUAGGUGUCAUUAUAAUUGGCCUUGCUCGACCUCCUCACCGCACAAGCACCUUCGAUGCAAACUUAGACGAGAAUUUGUCGCACAAAAAGAGAGGUCCGAUCCAGGCAUUAAAAAAACUAUGGACCACAUUCUUUCUCAAAGAAGUAGUUGCAUUAUAUUUCAUUUAUGGUGCUACAGGUUUGCUACUGGCUUUCAACCAUGUUGUCAGUGCUAGUAUUGGCUUCACACAACAUUUUGGAGACACAAGGAAACGCUAUGUGCCUCUGGCUGGGUUUUUCUGUGGACUUGGUGGCGUAGUAGGUGCAAUUUUACCAUUCUUUGUAACAACGAAGAAGAACUUUCUGUUUUUGAGACCAUUAACAUUCAUCGCCAUGGUCACUAUCAUUUUAGGCUUAUUACUUUCCUACCUUGUGUUACCAGAGGACGCUUUAUUCGGAGAUACCACGACCCGUCCGUUUGUCGAAUCAAACGUUGCGGUUGCCUUGAUGAUUAGCACACUCCUUGGGAUUGGAGAAAAUUCUUUCACCAAUGAAAUGACUGACUUGGUUGGUACCUUGUUCCCCAAUGAUAGUGCUCAGGCUUUUGCAGCUCUACUGUUUUUGAAGAAUAUCUGUGUGGCAAUUGGAUUUUAUAUUAGCAAUUACAUUGGACUCUACACACAAAUUUAUGUCAUGAGCAUCUUCACCUUUGUUGGCACAAUUGGACUCACAUGGGCAGGCUAUCUGCUAGCGUUAAGGCAAGGGCAGCACCCAUCUCUCAAAGGUCCACAACUUCAUGCUGAGAUAUCACCAGGAACAAUCAAUUCUGCGGAUUCUUUGAAGUAAAAACAAUUGUCUCGAGGAGGUUGUUUAUAAUCUUAUUCGGUCUGCUUUAUUCCAGUGGUUGUUGCCAAAUUUCUUUCUUUUUUAGGUUUUAAGAACCGAGCAUUCACAAUUUUUCCUGAUUUUUAAAUGGGUCAUCUUUAGGGGAGACCGGGGUUAUGUUGGCCACGGGGCUAUGAUAACCAUCGUGAGAAUUUUGUAGAGGAAAACGUAAAUUUGAUGUUUUGAUGAGAAAAAAGGUUGGCAGCGAUGUAGACUAACAAUUCAAAAUAUCAACAUCGAUGGUGUCCCCCUCUGUUAUGUUCUGUGCUGUAACAUUCUUGUUUACCUUCGAAAAUAGCCCGAAAAUGCGAUUUUUUUAAUUUUGGAUUUUGUUUGCUGUGGCGAGUAUUUAUUUUGUAUCUUAUUAAUCUUUGUUUCUAUUUGAAGUAGACCCCUUUCCUGUGAUUUUAGUGUAUGGAUUUAUGGCUUUUGACUCCUUGUUUCUUAGUUGGAUGACUUUGAUUUGAGGUGACCUCAAUCGGGGCUAUGCGGACCAUGUUUCUGGGGCUAUGUUGACCUACUAAGAAAACAUACAUUUUAUAUUUUUUUUUGCGUAAGGUUUCAAAUCCAUUUUCUUUGAGUUUAAAAAGGUCCUAUAUAGUGGGGAAGUAGAUCUUCUCAUUAUUUUUUAAGUUGCUUUUCACGCCAACUCACUUAUUAAAUUUGAUACUGUUCUUUAAAAUUUUUUUUUUUAUUUUUAAAUUUUCAGCUCCAAAGGUAUUGAGUUUCACAAACAUUACGAAAGAUAAGUGUAGGGGCAUAAUACUAAGCUUUUUAAGUGCAAUUACAAUCAACUGAACAAGGUUAACACAGCUUCCUUACAGGUGGCUAACUUAGCCCCGGGGGUGGCCAAUAUAGCCCCAAGCGGGGGCUAUGUUGACCAAAAUGGAUUUUCUUUUAAAAACGCAUGCAACUCACAAAAUUAAAGUAUUUUGUAGAAUGUUUUCAGUUGAUUUUAAUUUUACACUGUAUGCUUAAGGAUUAGAGCAUUAAAGAAAUGACAUUCUAUUCUUCUGUUUCUUCAGACACAAGUUUUAAAAAAAUCUGGUCAACAUAGCCCCGGUCUCCCCUAUAGUUCCAAUUUUUUAGACUGUUUAUCUACUUUUGAAUAUACUUAAUGUCAGUUGUGGAAAUUGAUGGUACCUAAUCAUCCUUUCACGAGAAAAGGUUGUGGAAGUCAUUAAAGAGGGAGGAAAAUACCUGAUUCAAAUUUCAAAUAUGAAAUCUUGAAGACAAAAAUUAUUUUCUAGCAAAUAAUUACCUGUUCUGUGUAACAGGACACUUUAGUUUGAAAUCAAGUGUCGUAUCUCGGCCCAAUUCUUGAAAUUUUUCCUGGAGCAGUGGUAUUAGGUACCUCAAAUUUUAAGCCAGUCAGUAGCAUGACUUUCCUCUUCAAUCAUAAUGCAUAGUACAUUUUUUAUCAAAGCAGAAAAAGAAAACCUAGUUGUCAUUUGUUUUAACCCUUAGAUGACUGGCCGUUUUUACCCAUACGAAUGCCUAGCCCCCCAGGCCUUCCGUAUUGGAGGCCCGUAUUGGGAAUGUAUGGUUAUUUGAUAGUUGCGAUGCUUUUUUACACUUUUUCUUGAAGAAUUUUAUGAUUUUCAUACUUCGUCUUCUAUGAGCAAGGUCCUAAAUUCUCUUUCCACCCAUAAAUUUCCCCCCUCCCCCUCUAGAUCUCCCCCUCCUCUCUCCAGUCCCCUAAGAUCUAGGAGCCUCUCAUUAUAAACACUUUCUUAUAGGUAUCUUUUUUGAGAUUUUGAGAAAGUUACAUUGAAGAAAUAGUAUUACCCCUAAAAGUAUAAGUACUUGAAAUUGAGAGGGAGGGGGCAACCUUACCCACUCCUACCCCUCCCCUCCUUCUGGUACCAAAAACAUUUAGUACUUUCCGCUUUGUUUCUUUCAAAGUUUUGCACCUAGAGGUUUAUUUUUUUUUAUUUCGUGAAAAGAAAAGAAAAGUAUAAAAUUAAUUGUUGUUAUGUAUUGAAUACUUCUACAUUAGGUAUUUCAAACUUUUUGAGAAGUUAGAGCAGAUUUUGGAUAUUACAGUGAAUUAUAAGAUAAACGCGGAAUUUCUGCGCA